AUGAGCCACUACAUAUUUGCAAUUAACGAACAGGGGCAGGCCUGGAUCAAACCUCAACUUGGACACCACCGAGCUGACUUUUUGACAAUGCCGCCUGCAUCAGAUUCGCAAUAUGCAAAGAAUCUAACACUUGCUGCGACUGAACUAAGAGAUCUUCCUCCGGCGAACAAAUUGCUUGGGAUCGUCUCUGGUUUGUAUGAAGACGCCCUGGAGUACUCGGUUGCUUUGUUGGUUACUCUACAGGUGUAUCAGAGGUCAUUUCACGAACUUAGAGAUCUAGCGUUAGAGUCAGAAGACGAAGCAGAAUGGUGGGCCGAGGUUCAGAGACGUGGGGUAGCAUACUUCUUACUUCAGACUCUUCCUGAUCGGCUAAUUCGUCUGGCUCGACAAAUAUACUAUAAUCCCUCUCCACUCCCGUUUGCUUCCCUUGCCAGUGACCUAGGUGCAAUCACAGGGAUACUUCCAGCCGCACCCAAACCUUCACCGAUGUUCACCGCCCUCUUUCCUCAUUUGAACAAACGGACAAGCGCUACGUGGUAUCUCCAAAGCUUCGUACAGCUUGCUCAAAGCGAAUGUUCUGACAGGCGGGUAGCCCUUGAGGCUAUGCGAGAUUCGUAUGCCAAACAGUUCGCGGACUUACAUAGUAUGGGUCCACAUCUUAUAGGUACUUCGAUCAACAGCUUGUCUACUGCUAGUACCCACAUAUGCGACAAAGAACCUCUUCGUGAUACCCUCAAUAAAAUAGGCGGGGUCCUUGGGUCGGAUGCGGCUGCUCUUCAUACGGCUGCUGGACCCUCAGAUGUGUUCGACAUGGCUAAGAAGCUGUUGGGAAACACGCUUCCUAAUCUAAAAAAGGAACAUGUAAAAUGCUUUGCGGAUUUGAGAAGACCAUCGCGAUUUGUGCUUGCUUGGCCUAAACUAGUGUUGGGGCCUCCUAUUCUGUUACUUCUUGGGCGCUCGUUGUAUAAAUCUCGGAUUAGCCUACGGGAAACGGUUAGCCAUGGUAUCCAAACCGUGAAAUCGUUCUGGAAAAGCUACGUGGAGGCGACCAAGGCAUACGUAUUAUCAGCAAGGGAGCUUGAAAAACGAUUUGAUCGAGAAGAGCUCUUAUACACUCUAGAACAACUCGCCCAAUUGCCUAAGCAGGUUAAAGAAGGAAACCUCGCAGACAUCAUGCGGUUGUACGAAGCAGACAUGAAACCCCUAUCAGAUCGGCCCUGUUCGGAACACUCAUCCGUUGACGUCGAUUUCACCUUGAACGGAAUCGAUAAACUUCUCCGUUCUCAAGAACUCACGUUUGGGUUUGUAGGUGUCGCACCAGCGCUGGCGAUCGUCUACGUUUUUGUCAAUUGGGUAAGAGAUUCCCUCGCAGGUACGCGCGGUCGGGGACGUUCGGAGGCGUCUCAACGCGCUCGUGCUUUUGAUUCUAUUCGACGCGUCGAGAGACUUUGCUCGAACCUCAAGAACACCAGUCGAACAGAUCGGUUCACGCUCCUCCAUCGCCUGCUUCUUCCGAACAUGUGUCAUCGUCCACACCCCAAACCGAUCUGGCUCCCUUAA